AACACAAUAUCAUACGAAUACAACAAGUACAUAUAUUUGAACAUACAUAAGUACAAUAUGUAUGUAUGUAUGUAUAUCCACAAAUAUACAUAUAUUUGCCCAUUUCCAGAGUACCACAGUAUCGUUUAUGACUUUGGCUUGCGCAGAACAACGAACGGAAACCGAAAACUUAAAAUAUUACCUAUGUAUGUAGUAUGUAUAUCACAUUAUGAAAAUGAAAAAAAAAUAAUUGCAUUAAAAAAAAAUGUUAAAAGAGGAAACCGGAUAUAAUAACAUUUGCAUGUUGAAUGAAUAAACGCAGUGAAGCAUGAAAAAUACAAAAGCGAAAAUGCUUAACAUUUAGUGUGUUUGUUGCUGGAACAUGUAUUGCAGUCUAUACAUCUUUGUACAUAUAGAAAUUAUAUAAUUUUAAUAAAAAUAAAUUGUAAAAUACAAAAUUUUCAAUAAUUACAUAAAAGUGCAAACGGAGGUGGAGCUAAUACAAAUAGCCAAUAGAAAUCAAUAUAAUACAGCAAUUGUGUAUCCCAGAAUGUGUACAUCCGCAUUUAUUCGGCGACUGAUUCUUUAAAUUUGCCAAAGUCGAAAACUUGCACAAAAUGUGCAAAAUGUAAUGUAAAGUUUAAGUUAAAAAUAAUUUGCCAAAUUUUAACUUAAAAUAAUUCUAUACUAAAUCGAAUGCACAAUGGCCACGGUCAAUGCAAAUCCCAUCAGCACCAGUUGUCAAAGCAUCGCCUCGGCUGGCGGGCCGAGUGGUGGCAGUUUGGGUACGGUUGUUAUUGGCGGCGCGACAACGGGCCAACGUUCGACAACGCACUAUGUCAAUGGCACUGGUAGUUUGGGCCGUCUCAAGUAUCAUCAUAAGCAUAAGAGUCUGGAUGCAAGCGAUGAGGAGCUCGAUUAUUCACAGCUGUCCCAAUCCACGCAUAUCAUUGGGCGCGUCAGAUCGGAACGCUUUCUUGCAUCGAAACCCGACGAAGAUCGGCGUAGACGUACAAUCAUUAUUGAAAAGAAGAAUGACUCAUAUGGUUUCACGCUACAGAGCUAUGGCAUACACUAUAAGAAGGAUCAGGAAGUAGAGAUGAUCACCUAUGUUGAUUACGUAGAAUACGAUGGACCUGCUUACAAGUCAGGUAUGCGUGAAGGCGAUGUCAUCUUAUCGAUAAAUGGCACAGAUAUGGAAAAGGCGGAUCACAAGACAAUUGUCGAUUUUAUAAAGAGCUGUGAUACGCGCAUGCGUAUGGUGGUACUCUUUGAAGAUUGCGUGCGUAAGGUCGAUCUUCAUAUGCGCUACAUACAAUUGCAAAACCUAUUGCAUAGCAAAAUGAAUGAACUGGAGCGCAUUUGUUUGCGCGAACGCGAAUUACUUGAAGGCAAAUGGAAGACUCAUAGUUUGCCGGCGCGCAAGAAAGCCACCACAUCACCCACGGACGCUGAAAGCGGCAUUUCACCAACAGAUGGAGAUACGCAAAAUUUACCCUACUAUCGGCCGGCACUUUCCACUGAGGAUGUACCCAGCAUGGCCAGACAUCAGGCACAACAGCCAAUCAUACCACCACCAGCACAAUUUAUGCUCACCUAUCAUUACUUGGAUCCGACUUACCGCUAUGUUAUGAAACCCUCUACGUCCAAUAGCAGCGGCGAAUAUAUCGUGGGCUCUACAAGCGGCGCAGAUGGCAUAAAACGUAGUCCUAGUGAACAGCAUUUUAUUCUGCGACAUACCGAAUCGCUUGAUACCGCAACGGGCAUGGCAAGUCUGUCGCAACGCAGUGUUUUAAGCCAACAACGUAGCGCUGCUAGCUCACAAGCACCCGUACCACCACCACGCACGUGUGAAAAACACAAACCACCGACUAAGCAACACUCAUUGGACCAACAGGCUUAUCAACAGCAACACCAACAGCAGCAACAACAGCAAUCGAAAAUAGCAAGCAACGCACAAAAAAUGCACAAAUCAGCCAAACAUUGCUAUGGGCAUUCGUGCAAUCCUUGUAUUGGCCAUUUUAGAUGGAAGUCGGCGGAAAAAGCAGCUGCAAUGGGUGCUGCGGGCGCCGUUAUAGCCACUAGUGCUAGUGGUGGUAAUGGCAAUGGCGACAACGUCAGCUUAGAUGCUUAUGAUUUGGCUAGUCCGUGCUGUGAUGCACAUUGCGUGCCGACGCGACGACGAACGCGUCAUAAGGAACACACACACAAGCAUAAACAUCGCGAUCGUGAGCGCGAUUCGAAGGAUCGUCAGCCGAGACCCAAGUCCCAGACAUCGCACGCGUCGCCUGGCACGACGCGUCAUCACACGCAUCAUCAUCACCAUCAUACAGCGCAGGAGAUGUUGCAGCAACAGCAACAACAGCAGCCGCAACCGCAGCAGCCACAUCAUCAUCACCAUCACUUAUCGCCACAGCAGCAGCAUCAACUUCAGCAGCAACAACAACAACAACAUGGUGGCUGUGAUUCGCACAACGGCAGCAUACGUUCGCGUUACUUUGAUUUGACAACAGGCCUGAUGAGCCAUUGCAGUCUACACUCCUGCACUUCGAGUGAAUUUGCGCCAGCAGACUCCAAUUCGUAUACAACAUCGCUUAGUACGGAUACCUUGUACUGGGAUCCAAAGAGUGAGCAUGCAGCAUCGCGUCAACCUUCGACCAAAUCUCGACAGUCGUACCAACAGCAUGCACAACAAUCGCAGCAGCAGCAGCAAUCUCAUCAGCAACAACAGCCGUCUGCGCAUGUGCACGGCAUCUAUCAGCAACGCUAUCACAUAACCGCCACGCAAGUGCAACCCUCACAGAUCUAUCCACAAGCAACCUACGUGCAGAAACCGAAAUCUUGGGAUAAUCUAACAACGAAAGCUGUCGGUGGCUAUGGCUUCGGCUAUGGUUAUCUGGAUACGGUGAGUGUGAAGCCUACAGUGAAAUUGCAAAUCGCACAACAACGUCACUCAAUACCGCGCAAGAACCCCUACGGUCGCUAUUCCACUUAUACAGACGUAGAGAAUUAUGCGCCACCACCCUCCCAGUUUGUGGAAGAACUUAUUACUACUACCACUACGACGAAAAUUAUGGCUAAAUCGACGGAAGAGCUAAUUGCAGCGCCAAUGCCACAAACACCUUGCGACUGUAUGACGAAACAGCAGCAACAGGCACUAAAAGCCGCACAAUAUCAAGUGAAUCAGGCAGCGAAGGUAUCACACCACAACAGUUGCCAAAUGGGCUACUACUCGCAUCUGCCGCGCCCGACAUUGGACGCAGGCACUUCGACUGUGCAGACGACGACAACAACAGGUAGUUCGGGAGAUGUUGCGACCGUGUCCGAAGUGACACGAUUGUAGGCCACGCUCGUUUAGGCCAAUAAAAUGGGAAAGCGAUAAUUGGUCUAAAUGAGUGUAGAGAAAUAAGAAGAGAAAUGUUGGAAAGUAAAGCCAAGCGUUUGAAGAUAGUUCACAACGAAGAGAAGUAAUAAGGGGUUUAGGCUGCCUUGAUUAAAUAAAUAGGACUUAAAAUAUGCAAUUUUUAGCCGCCAAAGAUUCCCACCUGCCAAAAGGCACUAAUGAAGA